AUGGCGCGCGAUCCGGCAUCGGACAUUCGGCUCAGCAACAACAAACGUAUGGCGUGCGUGUCGUGCCUCGAGGGCAAGCAGACGCGCAACGCGCAGUCCCAUCUAGACAGCGGCAAGCACUCGCUCAUCGAUCGCAUCGGCGGCGUCAUCUGCUCGGACCUGAAGGGUCCAAUGACGCCGCGGGACCUACUCGGCAAUUGUUACCUUGUGAACUUCGUUGAUCGUAAGAGCAACUACUGCCGAGUCUUCCUCGCGCGCACGAAGGACGCUGCGGCAAAGCAGUUCGAGGCGUUCCUCGUCCACUUCGAGAAGCUUUUCGGGUUCAAGGUCCACGUGCUCCGCACGGACGGCGGCAGAGAAUACGCCAACGUGGACCUGUUCUGCGAGCGCACGGGCGUCGCGCGCCAAGUGUCGGAGGCGCGCAAUCAGGCCUCAAACGACAAGGCGGAACGAAUGCACCGGACAGUGCUGAAUCUUGCGAGCAGCAUGAUGUUUGCCUGCGCGCUACCCCUGAUGUUCUGGGGAGACGCGGUACUAUUCGCCGUUCACAUCUUCAACCGGAGUCCUACGCGAGCAAACGCAAAGAGAGCGUCACCACUCAGGGCGCUGACGGGCAAGACGCCGGAUCUGCGUGGAAUUGUCGUUUUUGGCUCCCAGUGCAGCGUGCAUAGAGACCCGCGCAAGAACUCGCUGCUGCAGCGCUUGGAGCGCGCCAUCAUUGUCGGCGUCAGCAAGGAAACCAAGGGCUACAAGGUGCUGCUGCCGCGUGACAAUAAAGUGGUCGUCACGAAGCACAUCAAGAAUAUCGAGACAUUGACGGAGGCGCCCAACGCGCAAAUCCAGCGCGCGAUGGACGUCGGCGAUCGAGCCGGAGGCCAGGAGGAGACGGACGCGCCAGCAGCAGCAGUGGCGAACGUUGGUCGCGCAGAGGGCAACAGGGAGACGCGUAAAAGCAGAAAGCGAUGGACGCGAGCGGCGCAUGGAACACGCGGGGCGUUGAUACUCGCAGAAGCGGCUGCUCGUCAGGAGGAGACAGCCGUGAGCGGAGAAGUCGUAAAUGCUGCUUUUGAGCACGAUCCGCUUAUCUAUGGACAGGCGAUGCGCAGCGGCAAGCGCGAAGGGUGGGAGAAGGCGAUGCAAGAGGAGAUCGCCGCGUUCGCGGCCAACGACACCAAGACAGAUGCGCAGGGCGACCUCGAGCAGCUGAAAGCGCGACUGGUGGCGUGUGGCAACGAACAGGUGCUUGGCGUCGACUACACGCUCACCUUCGCUGCCGUGAUGGACCUAUCGACGGUCAAAGUGAUUCUGGCGCUUGCGGCUACGUGGGGGGUGCCUGCCAAGCACGGUGACAUCCCCAACGCCUACGUUGAAGCGGACAAGGAGCCGCACCUGCGCAUCUAG